AUGUUUGUCCAGAAGUUUGUAUGGCUUCUCAGCUGUAUCGUGAUUCAGUCCCAUGCCCAAAUGACUGCAGCCGAUCGGUGCGCCACGAGCGUUCAUGCCAUUCUUAUCCGAGGACAGGGUCCUGGGGAUCAUCUAAAUGUGAUGGUUUCUAUGCAAAACCUAGUUCUACAACUGAUUCCAGGGUCAACUAGUGUGGCACUCCCGUACGAUCAUGGUGGCGAUGAUCACCGUAUUGUUGCCGCAGAAGGAGCUCUCUUGAUGCAAAAGUAUAUCAGAGAGUAUUCAAUUAGCUGCCCUCAGGCAAAGAUCUUUCUCCUUGGCUAUUCACUGGGUGGGAUUGUUAUGAUGGAUGGUCUUUGCGGGACUAGUUCACUCUGGCUUCUUCCAGUUAAUGGUAUUGAGCCCUUAUACAACACCACUGUCGUCGCAGCUGCCGCUUAUGGAGAUGAAACAUACACUCCAAUGAUGCCUUGGAAUGUCGGUACCUGCGAUGACGGGACUGGCCUAUAUCCUCGUCUCCAUCCAGAAUGGUGUGACCCUUAUGCAGAAUCUCUCCAAAGCUACUGUGAUGACGGGGAUAGCUCCUGCUGCCUCAAGUUCCCACCAACCGAUGACGGGGCCCACUUCACGUAUAUAUUCAAGUAUAAUAUUGACCUAUUGCACUUUCUCCAGAAGCGACUCCACCUGAAACCCACAGUCUUCUGA